ACUGCUCAAGGAUCAACCUACACACGGAGUGUUUCUCCAUCAGAAUAAAGAGACAGCGGGUCGACCAGGAAAUCCAUUGACUAUUGAAAACCAUGACAACUCUUGUUUUUAGUUUAGCUGUUAUUUAGUUGUUAGGCUAUACAUUUUUUUGUUGUCUAUUUUUUGCCGCCAAAAAAAACGUGUUAAUUUCACUGAGAACCUUACGGAUGAAAAUCUGUUCAAUAAGCUACUGGUUGCAGCUGUUUUUGGCUAAUGGUUAUUUACAGUUGUAUCGACUGGUCUCAAGAAGUGAAGAUAAAGGAACAGGAGAGGAACGUGUGAGGAAACGGAAGGCAUUAGCCUACCUUGAUCUAUGAUUUAACACAAAAAUAUGUGCAUGCUAGCUAAUCCUAUCAAACACGAAAUAGAAGUCUUUAGUCUCACAAUUAUGUAAUGGCGUGCAUUUUAAAGCGGGUGCAUACUUUAUCUGCGCUCGACUCGGAUUUGUAAUUCACAAGUUGUUUUUUUAUGUAUAGUUUUUUCGUAUCAUUAUUUUAUUCCCAGAUAUGCGGAAUAUAAUAUGUGGUUUCAAAUUGGAGGUUUUGGUGUAACAGAGAUAUUCGCUAUGCUUAGGUGGAUCAUUAUUUGAGACAAUAACAUAGAUAUAAUUACACCUGAUAAUAAAGUUUCAGCAGUAUAUGUAGCACUUAUAUCCUUUGGUAAUUGUAUUGCAGAGUUGGCGUGACAUAUAUACACAAUAAUUUUUGUUGUAUAGCCAGCCAUUACAUGCAUGAAGCCAAAGGCAGAGACACCUGCCACUUUGUCGGGGACUACACGUGCUUCGAUUCCGCUACUGUUUUCUCUACAGGCUACACCAAAAAACAGAAAAUAUCAAGUGACAUAACCUGAACAGAUUUUUGUUCGGCAAAAGUUUUGUUCGGCAAACAGUGAGCUAUAGCCUAUGAAGAUCGCGACACAGGUUUUCCCUCGCAGAAAUGCCAGUGCGAAUGCCAGUGCGAACCACCAGGUUGAUGUACAGGGGAAUUUGCACUAUUCCAGAUAUCCUGUCAUACCGGACCCCCAUUAACCUGCCUGAGGAUGAGGUGGAAGAGAUCCGCGAGGCCUUCAAGGUGUUUGACAGAGAUGGAAACGGCUACAUCUCAAAGCAGGAGUUGGGGGUGGCCAUGCGGUCUCUGGGAUACAUGCCUAAUGAGGUGGAGCUGGAGAUUAUUAUCCAAAGGCUGGACAUUGAUGGUGAUGGCCAGGUUGACUUUGACGAAUUUGUUGCACUGCUUGGACCAAAACUUAUUGCUGCUGGGAUGCCUGAUAAGUUCCAUGGGGCAAACUUUGACUCUGUAUUUUGGAAGUGUGACAUGUCGAAGCUAACGGUAGAUGAGCUGAAGAGGCUCCUGUAUGACACCUUCUGUGACCAUCUCACCAUGAAAGACAUCGAGAACAUCAUCAUGACCGAAGAGAGCCACCUGGACAACCAAGUGUGCCAAGUGGACAUUGACACGAGCCCGACACAACAGGUGAAGCACACUUGUGUGCGGAAGAGUCUGAUUUGUGCUUUUGCCUUUGCAUUUAUCAUCAGUGUAAUGCUUAUUGCAGCUAACCAGAUGCUCCGUAGAGGUAUGAAGUAGAAAGUCCUUCACUACCAGAGGGGAAAAUAGUUUUCUUCAUUGUCCUUUCACACUCAAUCCAGUGACUAAGCAGAGACAAAUUAAACUGGAAAAAAAUAACCAAAAUGACAUGGAUUUUCUUUGAUUCAGAGACAUACACUGAGUGUACAAAACAUUAAGAACACCUUCGAUAUAUUAAGUUGCACCCCCAGAACAGCCUCAAUUCAUUGGGGCAUGGACUCGACAAGGGUGUCAAAAGCGUUCCACAGGGAUGCUGGCCUAUGUUGACUCCAAUGCUUCUUACAGUUGUGUCAAGUUGGGUGGAUGUCCUUUGGGUGGUGGACCAUUCUUGAUACACAUUGGAAACUGUUGAUUGUGAAAACCCCAGUAGCGUUGCCGUUCUUGACACAAACCAGUGCACCUGACCCCAACUACCAUACCCAGUUCAAAGGCACUUAAAUAUUUUGUCUUUCCCAUUCACCCUCUGAAUGGCACACACACAAUCCAUGUCUCAAUUGUCUCAAGGCUAAAAUAUCCUUCUUUAACCUAUCUCCCCCACUUCAUCUACACUGAUUGAAGUGGAUUUAACAAGUGACAUCAAUAAGGGAUUAUAGUUUUCACCUGGGAUUCAUCUGGUCAGCCAGUCAUGGAAAGAGCAGGUGUCCUUAAAGUUUUGUACAUUCAAUUACCAUUCUGUCCUGAGAUCCAUUUAGAGCCAGAGCAUAGACCGAACUCCGUUACUAAAACCGUCAACUGGACGAAUGGGCAUUCAGUGAUGUAAAGUAACUAGUUUUAAGUUUCAUCUAUGGUAUUGUGUGACAAAACUGCACAUUUUAGAGUGGCCUUGUAUUGUCCCCAGCACAAGGUUCACCUGUGUAAUGUUCAUAUUGUUUAAUAAACUUCUUGAAAUGCCACACCGGUCAGGUAGAUGGGUUAUCUUGGCAAAUGAGACAUUCUCACUAACUGGGAUAUUAACAAAUGUGUGCACAAAAGUUGAUUGACCACAAUUUACAUGUUGCGUUUAAAUUUUUGUUCAGGAUAAGUACAAAUAAUUUGAAGUACUACUUAAAUAUUUUUGGGGGGUAUCUGUAGUUUACUUUACUAUUUACAUUUUUACAUUCUGCCAUAGCAUGGCAUGUAGCCAAUGGCAGUCGCUAAAGAAAAUGUGAUAAGAAGCGAAUGAGAUUGGAAAUGGGGAAAUACUUCUUAAACACAUAAAAUAUUAAUUAUCAUUAUCAAACCUAAGAUGGGAUCUGCCAAUCUGAGGCUAUUGAACCACUGUUCCAACUGCUGGCUCACCCCAGUUCUCCUUCUAAACACACAGCACGUGUAAAUUACAUGUAUAUAAUACCAAGUAAUACAAUUUGUGUACUUCCUCUGUGGUGGUUGUACUUCAAAGUCAGAUGUGUUUAUUACAGUUAUUAUGCAAAUUAUAGUUCUUGCAAAAAGGUACAUGACAGUUUUCUGUAAAUAUUUCUGUUCUGUGAGUAACAGGUUUUAUGGUAUGCUGUGAAGGAUAUUGAAACAUAUCAUGGAUAUCAAUGUUGUUUUGUUUGGCUGUUGACAUGGUCCACCAAAACAACAUUCAGCUAUUGUUUAGAUUUUGACUUGGUUAUAUUUUCUUAAUGGAAGAAGAGACACGGUAUAUCAAAGAUGAUGAUAUCAAGAAUGUAAACAUACAAUAUUUUUUUAAACCAGGGUUCUAAUGCAUGAUUUCCAGGUUUACUGAAACUGGAAUACCAUUCUAACACAAUUAAUGUGUUAAUGGCCAUUUACUUCAUUUUUACGUAUUACUCUUUUGUCAUGUUUCUUUUUAAGAAUCCGUGUUUAUCAUACAGUACCAGUCAAAAGUUUGGACACACCUACUCAUUCAAUGGUUUUUCUUUAUUUUUACUAUUUUCUACAUUGUAGAAUAAUAGUGUAGACAUCAAAACAAUGAAACAAUGGAAUUAUGUAGUAACCCAAAAAAGUGUUAAACAAAUCAAAAUGUAUUUUAUAUUUGAGAUUCUGCAAAAAAAAGUAGCCACCCUUUGCCUUGAUGACAGCAUUGGCAUUCUCUUAACCAGCUUGAUGAGGUAGUCACCUGGAAUGCAUUUCAAUUAACAGGUGUGCCUUGGUAAAAGUUAAUUUGUAAAAUGUCUUUCCUUCUUAAUGUGUUUGAGCCAAUCAGUUGUGUUGUCACAAGAUAUGGGUGGUAUACAGAAGAUAGCCAGCCCUAUUUGGUAAAAGACCAAGUCCAUAUUAUGGCAAGAACAGCUCAAAUAAGCAAAGAGAAAGCUCAAGCCAUCAUUACUUUAAGAUAUGAAGGUCAGUCAAUGCGGAACAUUUCAAGAUUUUUGAAAGUUUCUUCAAGUGCAGUCGCAAAAACUAUCAAAUGCUAUAAUGAAUGUGGAUCUCAUGAGGACCGCCACAGGAAAGGAAGAGGAUAGAAGACAAGUUCAUUAGAGUUAAUUGCACCUCAGAUUGCAGCCCAAAUAAAUGCUUCACAGAGUUCAAGUAACAGACACAUCUCAACAUCAUCUGUUUAGAGGAGACUGCAUGAAUCAGGCCUUCAUGGUCGAAUUGCUGCAAAGAAAUCCCUACUAAAGGACACCAAUGAUAAGAAGAUACUUGCUUUGGCCAGGAAACACAAGCAAUGGAUAUUAGACUGGUGGAAAUCUGUCCUUUGGUCUGAUGAGUCCAAAUUUUACAUUUUUGGUUCUAACUGCCAUGUCUUUGUGAGACGCAGAGUAGUUGAACCGAUGAUCUCUACAUGUGUGGUUCCCACCGUGAAGCAUGGAGGAGGUGUGAUGGUGUGGGGGUGCUUUGCUGGUGACACUGUCUGUGAUUUAUUUAGAAUUCAAGGCACACUUAACCAGCAUGGCUCCCACAGCAUCCCACAUUCUGCAGCAAUACGCCAUCCCAUCAGGUUUGCACUUAGUGGGACUAUCAUGUGUUUUUCAACAGGACAAUGACCCAAAACACACCCCCAGGCUGUGUAAGGGCUAUUUGACCAAGAUGGAGAGAGAUUAAUUGCUGCAUCAGUUGACCUGGCCUCCACAGUCACCCGACCUCAAUCCAAUUGAGAUGGUUUGGGAUGAGUUGGACCGCAAGGGGAACAAAAAGCAGAACAACAAGUGCCUAGCAUAUGUGGGAACUCCUUCGAGACAGUUGGAAAAGUAUUCCUCAUGAUGCUGGUUGAGAGAAUGCCAAGAGUGUGCAAAGCUGUCAUCAAGGCAAAAGGUGGCUACUUUGAAGAAUCUGAACUAUAUUUUGAUUUGUUUAAAACUUUUUUGCUUACUACAUGAUUUUAUAUGUGUCAUUUCAUAGCUUUGAUGUCUUCACUAUUAUUCUAAAAUGUAAAAAAUAAAAAAUAAACCUUGAAUGAGUAGCUGUGUCCAAACUUUUUACUGGUACUGUAUAUUAAGAAUUAAAUGAUCAUUUUGAUGAAAUGCUAUAUAUUUUGUAUGACAAAUAAUAACAUACCAGAUAAUACUAUAUAAAGUAAAGUGAAAAAGAAUGGGUCGUGCAAUAGUCUCGGGCAAUUCCAAGGUACAAGAGUGAUGCUGAAACUUUUCAGACUUGUUAAAAGUAGUCCUUGAGCAUAACGUUGUAUGUUUUGCAAUCAUUGGUUUUUGUUUGAUAUACAUUUUAAGGUGAAACAUCUGAGUCUCAGCAUCGUUCUGUUAAUGUGGAAUUACCCUCUACCUUGCUGAGGAGGACUAAAUCUUGCUUGGUUAUCUGUUAAUAUUUACAGUAUACAAAACACUGAGAACAGCUUCCUAAGAUUGAGUUGCACCCCCUUUUGCCCUCAGAACAACCCUAAUUCGUCGGGGCAUGGACUCUACAAGGUGUCCAAAGCGUUCCACAGGAAUGCUGGCCCAUGUUGAGUCCAACACUUCCCAUAGUUGUGUCAAGUUGGCUGGAUCCGUUGGGUGGUGGACUUUUCUUGAUACACACGGGAAACUGUCAAGCGUGAAAAACCUAGCAGCAUUGCAGUUCUUGACACACAUCAAUGCGCCUGACGUUCAAAGGCACUUCAAUCUUUUGUCUUGCCCAUUCAUUCUCUGAGUGGCACACACACAAUUCAUGUCAUAAUUGUCUCAAGGCUUAAAAAUCCUUCUUUAACCUGUCUUCCCCCCUUCAUCUACGCCGAUUGAAGUGGAUUAAUCAAGUGACAUCAAUAAGGGAUCAUAGCUUUCACCUGGUUAGUCUAUAUGUCAUGGAAAGAGCCGGUGUUCUUAAUGUUAUGUACAAUCAGUGUAUAUGAGAAUUAACUAUAUGACUACACGCAUUUGUGCAAAUGUGAAAUAGCCAGUGUAAUAGACAAUACAUACAAAAAUAUGAAAGCAAUGAUAUUGCAUAUGAACAAUGUUACAUUGAAUUAUUGAGGAAAAUCUGUUUAUGUACAAUUUGUUGAGAGCUGAUCUGAUGUUUUACUCAUAUCCCUCAAUGUGUCAUAUGUAGCAGUUUGGUUCUCUAUAUGUGACUGUGAUUGUCAUCAAGUCAAACAUAGUGCAGCUCUGAUACUUUGUGUCAAACACAGGAGGAAAUCCACAUAUCAAUCAUUUCAGAAUAAUAUGUUUUAUGGACCAACUAUUCUUGAUCGAAAAAUAACUUGUAACAAAUGUAUUUGUCAGAGAUGAAUGUCUUGCAAAUCUAAAUGAACACAAUAUAUAGGUACAGUUGAAGUCGGAAGUUUACAUACACUUUGGUUGGAGUCAUUAAAACUAGUUUUUCAACCACUCCACAAAUUUCUUGUUAACAAACUAUAGUUUUGGCAAGUCGGUUAGGACAUCUACUUUGUGCAUGACACAAGUAAUUUUUCAAACAAUUGUUACAGACACAUUAUUUCACUUAUAAUUCACCGUAUUACAAUUCCAGUGGGUCAGAAGUUUACAUACACUAAGUUGACUGUGCCUUUAAACAGCUUGGAAAAUUCCAUAAAAUGACGUUAUGGCUUUAGAAGCUUCUGAUAGGCUAAUUGACCUCAUUUGAGUCAAUUGGAGGUGUACCUGUGGAUGCAUUUCAUGGCCUACCUUGAAACUCAGUGCCUCUUUGCUUGACAUCAUGGGAAAAAUCUAAAGAAAUCAGUCAAGACCUUGCAGACCGCCAGAAGUCUGGUUCAUCAUUGGGAGCAAUUUCCAAACGCUUGAAAGAACCACGUUCAUCUGUACAAACAAUAGUAUGCACGUAUUAACACCAUGGGACCACGCAGCUGUCACUCCGCUCAGGAAGGAGAUGCGUUCUGUCUCCUAAAGAUGAAUAUACUUUGGUGCGAAACGUGCAAAUAAAUCCCAGAACAACAGCAAAAGACCUUCUGAAGAUGCUGGAGGAAACAGGUACAAAAGUAUCUACAUCCACAGUAAAACGAGUCCUAUACCAACAUAACAUGAAAGGCCGCUCAGCAAGGGAGAAGCCACUGCUCCAAAACCUCCACAAAAAGCCAGACUACGGUUUGCAACUGCACAUGGGGACAAAGAUUGUACUUUCUGGAGAAAUGUCCUCUGGUCUGAUGAAACAAAGUAGAACUGUUUGGCCAUAAUGACCAUCAUUAUGUUUGGAGGGAAAGGGAGGAGGCUUGCAAGCCGAAGAACACCAUCCCAACCGUAAUUCACGGGGGUGGCAGCAUCAUGUUGUGGGGGUGCUUUGCUGCAUGAGGGACUGGUGCACUUCACAAAAUAGAUGGCAUCAUGAGGAAAGGAAAAUUAUGUGGAUAUAUUGAAGCAACAUCUCAAGACAUCAGUCAGGAAGUUAAAGCUUGGUCGCAAAUGGAUCUUCCAAAUGGACAAUGACCCCAAGCAUACUUCCAAAGUUGUGGCAAAAUGGCUUAAGGACAACAAAGCCAAGGUAUUGGAGUGGCCAUCACAAAGCCCUGACCUCAAUCCCAUAGAAACAUUGUGGGCAGAACUGACAAAGCGUGUGCGAGCAAGGAGGCCUACAAACCUGACUCAGUUACACCAGUACUGUCAGGAGGAGUGUGGGAAGCUUAUGGAAAGCUACCUGAAACGUUUGACCCAAGUUAAACAAUUUAAAGGAAACGCUACCAAAUACUAAUUGAGUGUAUGUAAAGUUCUGACCCACUGGGAAUGUGAUGAAAGAAACAAAAGCUGAAAUAAAUCACUCUCUCUACUGUUAUUCUGACAUUUCACAUUCUUAAAAUAAAGUGGUGAUCCUAACUGACCUAGGACAGGGAAUUUUUACUAGUAUUAAAUGUCAGGAAUUGUGAAAAACUGAGUUUAAAUGUAUUUGGCUAAGGUGUAUGUAAACUUCUGACUUCAACUGUAUAUGGUGAACGGAAAUGAUCCCUAACGUAAACCUUUAGGUGUCCUAGAACUGUCUAAUGUCGCCUUUGGUUAUGGCAUUUUUUCAGCAUCAGUAAACUCUUCCUAUACUCUUUAGAUGCAGAGGCGGUAGGUAGCCUAGCGGUUAAGAGUGUUGGGCCAGUAAGGGGUUUGAAUCCCUGAGCCGACUACAUGAAAAAUCUGUCAAUGUGCCCUUGAGCAAGGCACUUAUCCCUAAUUUCUCCUGUAAGUCGCUCUGGAUAAGAGGUAAAAGGUAAAUAAAUGUAAAUGCACAUACAGUAUGUACCCAUCACCACAUCAAAUAUACAUUUAUAAAAGUGCUGUCUGGGAGCAUGUUGUCCAAUAAACACAAGCAUAAAUA